UCUCGCAUGCGGAAAUGCUAUCGCAUCGUCAUGGCAACGGCUUCCGUCCCUUUCCGCCGGGAAAAACGAAAUAAGUUUGGGCGCCUGGCGGGUGGCGUGCGAAAAGACGCAAUCGAUGCAGCGCGAAAGGAGCGUGAAAGUGAAAGAGGUGAUCGAGUCUCUUUGCAAACUACUAUGUGCCCUCGGGGUGGAUUCGGUCCCCGGUGCAGAAACAUUUCGACGGGCGAAGUUCAACAAGGCGGACGCGGUGGCAGACAUGUGGAGGUUACUCUACAGUGUCCUGGUGAAGGCCCUCCGGUGGGAGUGUUCCUGCCCUCCUCCGGCGCGCAAGCCCGAUCAAGGUUGGCCAAACGCAGCGAUCGACGCGGCUCGGGCGAGGAUGGCGAGGACCAUGCUGUUCCAGUGCGGCUACGGCGCCCCGUGGCUGCUGGGCGUCGGAGGCCGCCACGACGUGGACGCGGUCGGAAGCCGCGACCUGCUGCUGGCCCUGGGCUGGCUCUUGUCCUCGGGGAGCCUGCUGGAGAACCUGCUGAGAGAGGCGGCUCGGGGACCGGAGGCCCUGCCGGACACGACCGCGGUCACGGCCUCUUUCCGUGUGCCCGGUGCUGGGGGUUCCCUUGUUGACCGGCAGAGGGCUGAAGAGGAGCUGGGGGAGGCGGACUGGGAGGAGGGCCUGAAGGCUCUGCUGUGGCAGCAUGGGAAACUGACCUUCCUGAGGAGGAGCCUGCAGGCGGCGCAGGAGGAGAAAGCCCGGCUUCUGCACCAGGUCCUCUUUUUGGCGAGAUGCCCCACAAACUCCCAGGGAUGCUCUGCCAAGUCUCUCAUAACCUCGGCCAGCGAGAACAAGGAGCUGGAGCGGUUGAAGGCGGAGGCCCACGUUCUGGAGAAGUUCCUGGAAUGGAAGGACCUGGAAGGUCUCUUCUGGUGCUGGAUGGGCAGCGUGAUCGAUGCUAAGCUGGCCGAUCCGCUUCGGCCCCUCCCGGAGAAGGCUGUUGCCCCGGAGUCUGGAGACAUACCCUUUGCCGGGGGCUGUCGCCAAGCUCAAGUAGGGUGGAGAGCUGUGUACCAGCUGGGGGAGAGUCUGCAGGCGCUGCAGGCGGGCCUCCGGACCGUGCGGGCAGGGCCGGUGGGUAAUGCGUUGUCCUGGAUGAAACGCUCCUGCGAUGGCAAGGAUCAGCUGGUGGAGCAGGCUGAUAUUCAGAAGAGAGUGCAAGCCAGACUCUGCAGCCUCAAAGAGACAUAUACUCUCUCAGCAUCGGUUACCAGGUACAGGCCCUGUCUACUUGAGUGUCCCAACCCCCAGCGUCACAAUCCUGCCAGUCACGUUCCGUGCGAGGUGGGCCAGCGGCACGGGGUUCGAGCCGCUCAGCUUAUCCGAGAGCUGCGAGAGAAGGAAGCAGUGCUGCGAAGUGAGCUCGGCCGGCUACGGCAGGGUGCCAGGGAAGAACUGCUGGAGCGGGCGGGCCGACUCAAAGGCACGGUCCUCAUCCCCCCCGUAAAAAGGUAACGAGUGGUCAGCAAUCACGUGGAACUCUAAUGUGUCAGAGCAUCCCAAGAAAUGGUGACCCCGGUCCAGACCAAAGUGCGUAUAUUGCAUUUGCGUGUUUUACAAGCGGUACCGAAUGCCAGUUUGCAGCUGCUUUUAUUUGUUUAUCUUCGUUUUAAUGUUUGUUUUGCUUAUGUUUGCUAUUAUGGAACUUUCAGAAGUAGGUCAUGGCUUCGUUUUCUUGUUUAUUAAAUGUAGGCUGAACCCUGAUUAGGGCUCAUCCCUCAGAGACUUAGUUCAAGUGCCUAUACCUUUAUUAUUUUUUUCAAAGCUUCAAAAUACUUCUCAUUCACCCAUAUAUUUACUGGCGGAAGCAAAGUUCUGUUUAUUAAAAAUGAAUAGAUUAUGUUGCAAUUCAUACUGAAACUUUCAGUAAACAGAAAAUUAAGAGGCCCAGGGAAGCCGUGGAAUGUUUUGAAUAUUCGAUUAAUGGAAGUAAUUCUUAGAGAAAGUUUUUAUUUCUUUGAUUUUUUUUUUUCCUGCAGGAUUAAGGACAUAUAACAGAAAUAUUAAUAUGUUGAACCGUAACCAUUUCCUUACUUGAAUGCGUGAUUGGGGGGAUUUUUCAGGGGCCCACUGUAGCGAGGAAACCUGUGCGCUUUGCAUGUACAAAACCAUCUGUAUGGCCCCGCUCUCCACUGAGUGGCACGUUUUUUAAAUGUCGUGAGGCUAAAUGAAAAAACUGGUCAAAGCAAAUAAAAACUGAAUCUUGCGGUAUAUUAAUGUGGAACAUAAGUGAUUUAGCAUUUGUGAAAAAUGGAGGGAAAUGAGUUAUUUUUUGCAAUUACAGAGUAAUGCAUAAUGCACUUCCAGGAGUUCCAGUUGCUGGUGCAAAGCACCGUAUGGCGAUUAUGCUGAUUUUUGCAAAUGAACGACCCCUAUAAUGUGAUUUAUCUAGGCUGAGGAAGCUUUUGUUACCUGUGUUGGUAGCUUGGAAAAGCAGAUACAGACUGAUCGUAGCUCACGCUGUUAAAAACGUGCCUUUUUGUGUGUAGGAAGCCGUCGCACGAAACAAAUAUAUCCUUUUCGCUUUCAGCGGAGUGUAUAUAGAAUUGAAAAAAAAUCUAAAAAGAUGGUUUCAAAUGUGCAAAUCGUCCACACAAUGUGGCGCAUUGAAAUGCUUCACGUCGUAGUCGUUCCGUUUUGUACUGCGUGUGUUGAAGUUGUUCCGCUGUCCCGAAACGCAAAGUGCCAAACCAAGGUACUUGCUUUGCUCUGAAACCUGCUUGCGAACGAGUGAAAUGCCUCGUUCAGCUGCUGCCGCGCUACGGAAUGAUACGUGACACCUGCUCCUGCCGCAACCCGCGCAGGACGUGAUGGACGCCCAGCUUAUGUGGCGGUCGCAUUAUUCAAAUGACCGCGCUGCAGCUGGGCUCAUUUACAUAAUCAUUCUCUGUAAAUAUUCUCCAGAUUCAUGAACUGUAGGUCCCUCCAAUUAGUUGGCACCUCUCUGGGGAAAAAUGCCUCUAUGUGUCCUAAAUAGUUGCUACUAUGUCUUCAAGCUGUAGAUUUCUGAAGUUCGCUUGGAUGAAGGAUUUGGUGGUGAUUUAUGUACCGGAGCUGCCAGCAGCCUGAUUAAGCUCUGUGAUGCAAUGCUGCUCAGACUUUGCUUUCAAUUCGUAGGGCCAAAAGCCGACCGACUCUCUCUCACGUGCGCUCGCUCGAUGGGAUUUAAUCUUAUUAUCUGUGUUCCGAGUUUCAGUUCAUUUCAGUUUUAAUAUGCCCUGGCAGACCGAUGACCUUCUACAAGUUUAAUCAAGUCUCCCGCGUUGAACUGUCCUGAACUGCCCCCUCUCGGUGCGACCACGACGCUCGCUCAUCUGAUCGUCCAAAUUAGUGUCGGGCGUCUUGUUUAUAAGGCAGUGGACAAAGAGGCUGGGGCACGUCAGGGAAAUAUGUCCUCUUCUGAUCUUCAGCUCAUUAGAGUCUGGACUAUUAGCUGCUCUUGUUUACACGCUGUAAAUUUUUGCUCGCAAGCUUUGUCAGACUUUAUCUUCAAGUGAGCAUCACUUUGCUUCUGGAGUCUAAAGAGGACGGCGCGCUUGCGAUUAGCCGCGAACCCUGACGCUGCCAGACUGGCGCCGAAGGCGGGCCAAGGUUGAACGGAGAGCUUGAAAUGUAGCCGUGGGGUGUCUUGGUGGGCGGCUGGGUGGGUUUCGUGUUGCGCUGCUCUAAUUGGACACGCUCUCCGGGCUCUCCUCAGUAGGUCGCUGCUCGGUGCUCGCGAGGAUCACCCCAAAGAAGAUUGUGCAGAAGAAAUGCCUUGACGCCUCAAACUAAUUAACGUUGUUGAUGCGGCGCUUUGCUCGCGGGUCGCGGCGGAAGGCUAUUCCAGCAUCCUGCCCUCGUCCGGCACCAGAGGACCCCUCGAAACGGCUGUAGCAGAACUUAACAAUGAAUGCUGACAAGGAUGUUAAAAGCUCAUUGCUGGAACCGAGGAGGUUUUAACUUUCUUGCUAAGCCGAAUAAAUUUGAAUAAAUCUAAAUACAUAUUAGGUACCCUGCCAGCUGGGUUACAAAGAUUGCUGUGUUGGUUAAAAACAAACAAACAUGAAAAAUAGAUUAGAUCUAACACCAGAAUUAGGGUGGAAGCCCUGUACGACAGGCAUUUAAGACGAGAGUCAAGUAAAUAUGCGCCGAAGGUUCAUGUUUCGGUUGAAAUAAAUGCAUUUCUUUUCCCGCUGACCAGUAGACAUAUGAUCUGUCACAAGGUUGACUAGUAGU